AUUCCUGAAGACAAAGAAAUAGAGCAGGAAACUACCACUACACUUGAGUUGCAACUUAUCUUUCUUUGUUUUUGGUGAAUACGACUGCAACCAACCGAAUAUUCAUUAAACAAAUUAUUUCUAGGUAAAUCAUUUCUUAAAAAUUUAUUAAUAUCCAUAUCAAUUUGCUGUUUUUCUUGCUUAUGAUUCAACAAACAGCCUAUGCUGUUUGACUGAAAGAACUUCAAGUUUUGGGUCCGUCCUGUGCUCUGGUUAGUGAACUUGAAAAAUGUUUGCAAAUAGUUUCCUGGAUGUUGAAGGUCCUUCUUAUCAGAACUUGGACCAAUACUUAGAAGACGAGAAUGAGGAUGUGGUUCGUGCUAUUGAACUCUCUCUUCAAGAAUCAAAGGGAAAAGAAACAUAUAUAGGUGAUUUGGAAUUUCCCCAGAAUGAUGAAGUAGAAAAAGUUGCACAAGUGCUUGAAGAAAGCACACUAUCUUCUGCAGAUUUGAGAUAUUUGUUUGCUAAAGCUUUACAUCAUUGCAACACCAGCACCGAAGGCUGCGAACUGAAAUGGUGGAAACUAUUGAAGGAGCUUAAUCCAUCUGUACAUACAUCAAAGGGCAAAUCAUGGUGGCGAAAGAGUAGCAAGCGGUGCAAUACUCCUGUUUGUGAUGUUUGCGAGGAACAAAUUUGCUCGGAGUGGUUAAGGUGUACCUACUGGGGACAGUCUGUCUGUAAAAAGCAUACAUCUGAUGGAACUCCUUGGUGCUGUGCCUGUUCGAGAUUUAAGAUAGGAGACAUCAGGUAUAUCACUCUCAGUGAUGGUCGACAACUUUGCCCUGAUUGUUGUUAUACAGCAGUGAUGGAUCCUGAAGACUGUAAGCCCCUUCUCGAUGAAGUGCACAGAUUUUUCAAAGGAUUAAACAUGAAGAUCAGAUAUUACAUUCCAAUUCUUCUAGUUGACCAAGAAGAGAUAAUCAGAAUCCAUAAAAAGAGCAUACUUGGCUCGACGAUUUAUGAGAAAUUUGAACUGGACGCUGUAACUUAUGUUUCAAAGUCGAUACAAAGGGGUGAAAAUGUUGAAGUGGUGAAAGAAGUAGAACAACUACUUCCAGGACGCAAAGUGAGAUCAGUGCUGCUUUUAUAUGGCUUUCCAAAGUUGUUCAUAGGAUCAACUUUGGCUCAUGAAUUGAUGCACGCCUGGAUGCGCGUUCAAGGGUACAGAGGACUGUCCCUAAACAUCGCAGAAGGUCUUUCCCAGGUUAUGGCUCACAAGUGGCUAGAAUGGCAAUCUUUCACUGGUGAUGACUACAUGAAGGCUGCAAGUGAAAAAACUCAGUUCUUGAGAAAUCUGAAAGAGUUUCUGAAAUAUGGAAUUGAGAAAAGGCAUUCUGAGGCAUAUGGUCAUGGAUUUAGAGAAGCAAAAUGGGCAGUUGAACGUUAUGGUUUAAGAUACACACUCGAGCAUAUAGCUCGUACAGGCAAGCUACCUGAAUGACUUCUCAGGUGAUGUUAGUUUUCGCGUUAAUUCAUCCAUCAUUGCCCAUUGGGAGUAAACUGAUGUUUCUCGGACAAACAUUGCUGCGAAAACUUGUAAAAAAAAAUUAUGUGCCUUAGCUUGCUGAAAUACACGGGUAAUACAAAGGAGACAAAAAUCUCCGGCAACCCAUACGGCCAUAUGUAUACACAUUCACCAACCAAAUUUCCCUUGUUGAGCAGAUGAUAAAUUUGGCUUGUUUCGUAGUUCUAUUUCUAGCUGUUUUUCAUUAAGUUUUUUUUUUUCGGUUUUAUUGCUACAGUAGAAUUUCAUGUGUCAUGCAUCUAUUGUAUUGGUGGUUGACGAGAUUUCAUUUAAUUACGAAGCAGUACCGCAAUAGCCUAGUUUUGAAUGGACAGA